AUGAAAUCACCUUUGCCGCGGGACAUAAUCUCCACACUUCCUUCCGAAAUCAUCGCCCUCAUCAUCACCCAGCUUGCUCCGAACCCAUCCUCGCGUCAAAAAGACAACAGCGACGAGUAUCCAGACGAAGAUCCCUCAGAUGAUGACCUGCCGCGGGCAGAGGCAGAUGUUCUUUCGCGGUCCAGGGAAGCCGCAGCCGAGCAGCGGCAGCGCGAAGGCGCGCAGGGACAGCACCGUCGUGCGCUGCACAGGCUCACACGGGUGCGGCCCUUCAUGCGCGAAGCAGAGCGAGCCCUGUGGAUGGCAUACGCUCCGUCGGCUCUUUACUACGCUGUAUGCGCCAACGACAAGCGUCUCGCCGACCGUUGUUUCAGCACUGUGAAACUUGCGCGCUUGAAGCUGGGCCGCAAGUUCGCCCACGGUGUUAGAUUGAACCGGGGGACGAUCCUCCACGUGGCUGUCAUGGCUGGUAACGCACACGCCGUACGCUUGCUCCUGAGCCACGGCGCUGAUAUAGAAGCGAGGGGACAUUUCGUGUCAAGGCCGCCUUACACUAUAUACACUGACCUGUCCUGGAACACCAAGAUUACACCUUUGGGCCUGUCUCUCGUGCUGGGACGUGCGCGAGUCUCCAAACUCCUACUCGACCGGGGCGCCAGCCACGAGGUUGGGUUUCCGGCGCUGAGGCCAUUGGUGCCGGGCGCGGUCAUGGGCUUCCAAGCCCUGCACAGUGCCUCGAUGGGUUCCGACCGCAAGGCGCUCGCGAGGCUGCUGCAGACGCCCUCUAUCGGACUCGACGACAUGUCACAAUCCAACCUGACCCCUCUGCACUGGGCCCUGUUCCAUGUCAUCAGAGUUGACCAUUUACAGAUGCUUCUCGAAGCCGGUGCUAAUCCCAUCAUGAACCCCAAUGUCGCCGAGCCACUGCUUCAUUUCCUCGUCCAGUUUCGCGCCACAAAGGAGGACCUCGGCGCCGCUAUCAACCUUUUGGUAAGGCACGGCGUCGACAUCAACGCCCGGAAUGCGGACAACCACACGGCACUGGUCGGCGCCGUUCGCGAAACAAAUCUCCCCUGUGUCCAGGCCUUGGUCGAGAACGGGGCUGAUGUCAACGACGUCGUCAAAGAAGAUAGCCCUUUGUGGUGGUGUCUGGCCAUACAUCGAGCGGACAACAGCGGCGUUUAUUCUACCAAGCGCCUUACGCGUGAAACCGUUGCCAUUGUCGAAUUGCUCCUCAAGCAUGGCCUCGACGAGGACCCCCAGGCGCUCUUUUUGGGCAUACUCAUGGCCAACAUCGGCGAUGAUGCCAAGGGCCUGCUCAUGCGGCUAGCAAGCCGAUUCACCUUCUCCCCAGCUUGGCUAUCCCUGACGUUCACGAGAGUCGGAUGCCAGCCCUCGUUCUACACUAACAGGGGGCUAUUUUUCUUGAUGGACCACUUUGUACCUACAGACGACUCGACUCUUGACGAGUGUAACCUCUUCACGGGCCUCAUGGGAACUCAGGCCGCCUCACAUCCCAAUUUCCACCGCGUCAUGGGCCCGAGCUUCGACGUAAACGCACCUCUCAAGGGACCCAACUGGGAUGCUGAGCUGGCCGUGCCGCCCAUCGUCGCGCUUACUGGCAGCGAGAAUUACUAUCACGACACAUCCCGCCAUACGUUGGAGGCACUGUUACGCAGGGGGGCCAAUCCUCAAGCCACGAACGAGCUUGGGCAGAAUUGUCUGCUAGCGUACAUUACCUCACACAUCCGCUCCAGAAGCCUCGUCUUCGAAAAGUCAGAUGCCGACAUCAACGGAAGCUUAUGCGCACUCGUGCACAUGCUGGCAGAGCACGGCUUCGACUUUACCAGCGCGGAUAUCCAGGGCAACACGGCCCUGCACCUUAUUGGGAUGGCACGCUGGGCCGACCGGCACGUGUCUUGCGCGGACCUGCUCAUCCAGCUUGGCGCCAGUGCGAGCCAGCGCGACAACGAGGGCCUCACGCCGAUAGAUGUGUACAUAGGGGCCAUGCAGAGGCAGUUCAUGUACAUUGAUGGCUCAUUCGGCCGCGCGCUGGCUGCGACGCUGCCGGAUGAGGAGCGCAGGCAUGCGGAUGGGAGGCUUGCCGGAGUGAUGACGAUGGUGCGCAAGAAGCAGCGGAUCAAGCGGAAUAGCAUUGAGCACAAUCGUUGA